GAAAAGGAAAAUGGAUUAAAAGUCUGAUUUUGAUAUCUCUCUCUCUCUCUCUCUCUCUAUCUGUUCUGUCAUCCCUUCUCUUUCCUCUGCUGCUUUUUGAAGGUUUGAGAGGAGAAGUCGCUUUAAUACGCCAUUUCACCAUUUCUGCCUCUUACUAAAACCUCCAUGGCCGAAACUCUCGCACCCCAUUUCCUCAAACUUCCUUCUCCUCAACAUAGAGAACAACCCAUUAUUCAAUCAAAUCUUUUUCUAUUCAUAUUUCUCCAUUUUUAGCCCUUCUCUUCUCUUCUCUUAACCCACCAUGAAAACCCAUUCCCAAACAUUCAUUCCUUUUCCCAUUUCAAAUCUCUUUUAUUGCUUUCUUACUCCUCACACAAAAUACCCUUCUCUAAUGCCACCGUAUUGGAAGGGUAUCCGCUAGCUGGACUUUCCUUUUUUGCAUUUUCGACCUUUUCUCUCUGUUUCCCUCUGUUUUUUCCCCCUCUGUUUUUGAGUUUUCGCCAUGGAGAAUGAUACUGCUCGCAAAGCUUCUAUUCCAUGGGAGAAUGAUAGGGGUAUCGGUGAAGUAGCCAAAAGACCUCCACUUUACAUGGCUACUUUUGGGAAACAUAAAAUGCGGAGCAAUAUGAUUUCAUCUGCUUCGGCUCGAGAGUUGAGAUGUUUUGACCUGGAAAGUGAGCAACGUGAUGGAUUGUCCCCAAGAGGAGUUUUGGAAGCAAGCUUGCAGAGUUCAGAAUUCGAUGCGGAUUCUUUGAAUGAUAGUACCCCAGAACCAGAAAAUCAACCUUCACAAUCAGGGGCUCUUUUUCACUGGAAAAAUUUCUUCAAACUAUGGAAGAAAAGAUCGUUCAGGCGCCUGGCCUCGUUUCCUCCUCUCGGAGUGCUGAAGAUUUCAAGAAGAGGGAACAGAAGCGGGAGAGAGAAUCCGGGACUAAGUGACUUGUACAAGUUCAAGUCCUCAUUGGGAAACUUUACUUUCUCCGAGCUCCAAACUGCGACCAACAAAUUUAGCCAUGAAAAUUUGAUUGGAAAAGGUGGUUAUGCUGAGGUAUACAAGGGCCGUUUACAUGAUGGGCAAUUGAUAGCAGUGAAGAGGCUAACUAAAGGAGCCCCAGAUGACAGAACUGCUUGUUUCUUGUCCGAGAUUGGCAUCAUUGCUCAUAUCGAUCAUCCUAACACAGCCAAACUGAUCGGUUGCGGCAUUGAUGGAGGCAUGCACCUUGUUUUCAAGUUAUCUCCAAAUGGAAGUUUAGGAUCUUUUCUCCAUGGUCCAAAUGCAAACAAACUUGAUUGGAGUAAAAGAUACAAGAUUGCUCUUGGUACAGCUGAUGGUCUGCUGUAUCUCCACGAUCAUUGUCAGAGGCGUAUUAUUCAUCGAGAUAUCAAGGCCGAUAACAUUCUGCUUACAGAAGAUUUUGUACCUCAGAUUUGUGACUUUGGCCUUGCAAAGUGGUUACCCAAACAGUGGACUCACUACAGCGUGUCAAAAUUUGAAGGCACCUUCGGAUACUUUGCUCCUGAAUAUUUCAUGCAUGGGAUAGUUGAUGAGAAAACUGAUGUUUAUUCUUUUGGAGUUCUACUGUUGGAGCUCGUAACCGGUCGUCGAGCUUUGGAUGAGCUGUGUCAAAGCCUUGUACUAUGGGCAAAGCCUCUCUUAGAUAACAACAAUCACGAGGAGGUCAUUGAUCCUGCACUGAAGGAAAGUUACGAUCUCGAAGAGGUUGAGCGCAUGAUUUUAACUGCAUCUUUAUGCAUCGAGCAGUCUCCUAUUCUCCGACCUCGAAUGAGUCAGGCAAGUGGGAAACUACACCACGGUAUCCCCUCAUCUCUUCAACAAACAUGUAAUCAAACACAUUUUGGUUUAUUGCAGGUUGUUGUGCUGCUAAGAGGCGACAAAUACGUAGCGGAGUGUGAAAAAAGUACAAGGGUGCCACUGCAACGAACGUACUCGGAAGAGCUCUUAGAUGCACAAGAAUACAACAAGACGAGAUACUUAAGCGAUCUGAAAAAACACAGGCAGCUUGCAUUUGGAUCUUGAAAGUGAUAUUGUAACCAUGCACCUCAAGGAGGAAGAAGCUAUUGCAGUGUUGUAAGGGGCUUGUUUCUGGAGGUUCAAUGAAAUGGGGAAAAAAAAGAAAAGAAAAAGGAAGUAUUUGUGGAUGUAAAGUUUAGAAUUAAAAAGCAAAGUGUUAAUAGUUAAGUAAAAUGAAUAUUUAACUUUGUAAUCUAGUGGAUCAACAGCCAAACAGUUCCUUAAUUUAACUCUUUGUAUUUGUACUGCCAUUGUUUCAACACAAAUACGAAGCUGUUUGAAAUGAAAGGAGAAGUUUCAACUGUUUGUAUCUAAAAGUUUCUUUCGUUAUUUCUAAAUUCUUGGUAUAGUAA